AUGGCUCGCGGCUACUCACCCCCCGAAUCGCCGCUGUCCUCGGUGCGGUCGUCGGACCACUCCGAUGAUGACGGCCACGACUUUGAUGAUGCCGCCUCGCGCCCGUCGAAGCGCCUCAAGGUAGACGCUGCGUCGCGGGCGUCGCGCGCAUCCUCCACGGCCGUCCACGACGUCGAGCACGACCAGGACGUCCCCGAGCCGGACCCUCUCGAGGGCAUGUCCGAUCUGUCGUCGGACACGUCUGGUGACAUUCCCAGCUCGCCCAUCAACGCGCGGCUCGACGAGGAAGAUUUCCAGGACCAGGUCAGCGUCUGCGACUGGGACGGCUGCGAGGCCGGCGACCAGCGCAACAUGGACAGGCUGGUCGAGCACAUCCACAACUCGCACAUUGAGAACCGCCAAAAGAAAUACACCUGCGAGUGGAAGAGCUGUUCCCGGAAGGGCUUGCCGCAUGCCAGCGGCUAUGCGCUCAAGGCACACAUGCGCAGCCACACACGAGAGAAGCCCUUUUACUGUUAUCUCCCAGAAUGCGACCGAUCCUUUACGAGAUCCGAUGCCCUCGCCAAACACAUGCGCACCGUCCACGAGACCGAGGCUCUGCGGCCCUCCGACCCCGUGCCCAAGUCGAUGCAGUCGGGUCCGCCCGGCGGCAAGUCGAGCAAGCUCAAGAUCAUCAUCAAGACGCCGCAGUCGCACGGCGGCCACGGCGUGGGCGAGGACGGCACCGACGAGUCGGGCCACGGCGAGGACGGCAACGCCGACUACUUUACCGCGCUGACGAGCGAGCUCUUCACCGCCGACGAGCUCGCGUUCUCCGUCGACAAGCUCUACCGCAAGUGCUUCUGGGAGGCCAAGUGGGCGGACGAGGUCGGCGAGACGCUCCGCCGCGAGUGCCGCGAGUGGGAGGACGUCUACUACAAGGAGUGGCUCGAGAAGGAGACGCUGCUUUCCCAGGUCAUCCAGGGCGAGGUCGACUGGCACGAGCGCCGCAAGGCCAUCCUCACGGGCGCGGCCGACGUGCAGGUCAGCAACGGCACCACGGCGCCGGCGGCAGACGCGGCAGCUCCGGUUGUGGAUGGUGGUGAGAAGCCGGCCGAGCAGGAAAACGGCGUCGCCGCCGACCAAGCUGAGACGACUCCCAUUCCCAAACCAGAGGCCAUCGCCGCUUAG